GCAGCCAUGCCCUCCAAGGCGCUCGCCGUCUGCCUGCUGGGGCUCCUGGCGCUCUCCUCGGCAUGUUACAUCCAGAACUGCCCCAUCGGGGGCAAACGCGCCGCGCUGGACGUCAGGAAGUGCCUGCCCUGCGGCCCCAGGAACCAGGGGCACUGCUUCGGGCCCAACAUCUGCUGCGGCGAGGAGCUGGGCUGCUACCUGGGCACCUCGGAGACGCUGCGGUGCCAGGAGGAGAACUUCUUGCCCACGCCCUGCGAGUCCGGGAGGAAACCCUGCGGAGGCGACGGGGCGAGCUGCGCCGCCCCCGGCAUCUGCUGCAGCAGCGAGGGCUGCGUGGCCGACCCAGCCUGCGAGCGAGAGGCGCUGUUCGCGUAGAGCACCGGGGGAAAG